AUGAUUUCACGGAGUACGACUCUUAAACUUCCUCGAGGAUACUCUGGGAGUGUGGUGAGACGGAUAUUGGCCGGCAAUGGGUGUCGCAAGUUCGGAUCAGUGCCUCUUCAGGUGUCACCAGAGGUUCAACAGGCGUUGGCUGAUAAGAAGCCAAUUGUCGCUCUCGAGAGUACUAUUAUCACACACGGACUUCCAUUCCCUGAAAACUUGCAAAUGGCAGCCGAUGUUGAAAGUAUCAUCAGAUCUGAAGGUGCUGUGCCCGCAACGACAGCGUUUAUCAAUGGAGUUCCACUCGUUGGAACUACCCCCGCUGACCUGGAAUAUCUGGCUGGAAAAAGCUCAAAAUCGAAGAUGGAAAAGAUUUCCAGACGAGAUAUCCCCUAUAUAAUGAGCAGAAAACUCAGUGGUGGCACCACAAUUGCAGGAACUAUGAUUCUCGCCCAUAGAGCCAACAUCAAAGUGUUCUCGACUGGUGGACUCGGUGGUGUACACCGCGGAGUCGAAUCCUCCUGGGACAUCAGUGCUGACCUUGACGAGCUGGGUCGAACGCCCGUUGGUGUCGUCUGUAGUGGUCCAAAGAGCAUUCUUGAUAUUCCUCGUACUAUGGAAUAUCUCGAGACAAAGGGUGUACACGUGUCGACUCUGGGUCCCGUGGGCACAAAUAUUCCAGGGUUCUAUACUCGGGACUCGGGUGUUCCAGUAAGUGUUGGUUGGGACGCUGCCUCCGGCGGCUGGGGCUCCGCCCCAGACCCCGUGGCUCCUCUCGCUCCGCUCGAGUCGGGUGUGGGUGGGUCCCUGAAAUAUGGGUUUUUGCUGUAA